UCACGGUCGGUUGAGCCGGCAGAGGUCCAUAGAAAUUUUGACAGCUUCACAGGUGAGACACCCGUCCAGAGGCUGCUUCACUUUUACAUUUCAGUUUUUUCCCGGACCACUAUUCACUGUGAGCCUGGGGUUGCCACAGUCAAAAAACAGCCAUUCGAAGUCAAAUCAUACCGGCAGCAUGAGCAAAAAGAAAAAGGACUGGAAGACUGAAAAAGAUAGACUGCUCCGUCUAGAUCGGGAGGAGAGACGCAAGGAGUAUCGUCGACAAGACUUUAUAUGCCUGGACAAGAUUCCGACCUGGAGAGAGGAAAAUAUCAAAUCCGAUGACAAAGACGAAGGGAAGGAGCUGACAGGCGGAGGAGGGCUGAAUGAUAAAGUAUCUCUCUACAAGGGAGAUAUUACUGUCUUGGAGGUGGAUGCCAUCGUCAAUGCUGCAAACUCCAGUCUUCUGGGAGGAGGAGGAGUCGAUGGCUGCAUACACAAAGCGGCAGGGUCCUGUCUGUAUGAUGAGUGCCACUCACUAAAUGGCUGUGAAACCGGCAAAGCCAAGAUCACCUGCGGCUAUGAUCUCCCUGCAAGAUAUGUGAUCCACACCGUGGGUCCGGUGGCCAGAGGUCAUGUGGGCCCUACCGAGACCAAUGACCUCACCUCCUGCUACCAGAACUCCCUCAGGCUGAUGAAGGAGCAUGGCUUGAGCACUGUGGCCUUCCCAUGUAUCUCCACAGGCAUCUAUGGCUUUCCCAAUGAGCCUGCAGCUGAAAUCGCUCUGAAUACAGUAAAAAACUGGAUCGAAGAGAAUCCUGAUAAGAUUACACGGGUCAUUUUCUGUGUCUUCCUUGAGAACGACUUUGCCAUCUACAAGAAGAAAAUGUCUGUCAUUUUCCAAGACAAUGACAUGGAGGUUACAGAGGAGCAGCUGAAGGGAGAUAAAACACCACCAUCGAUGAAAUCCACAACCAAGGAAGAGAGUGAAGACAGCAACAGAGGUAAAGAGGAAACAGGUGAUGAAGAAGAGGGUGACAAUGGUGCUGCGGGAAAUGAAGACGUGGAGAUGGCAAGUCAGAACCAAGAUGAAAAUCCAGGAAGCGAGGAGCCAAAUCAAGAAAAGGUUAAGGAUGAAGAUGAAAAUCAAGAGAAAGAUGAGGAUAUGGGCAUCGACAAGGGCAACAACAAAGAUGAAGACAAAGGCAUAGACAAUGAUGAAGAUAAAGAUAAAGAUGAAGACAAAGCAGAGGAAGAGAAGCCUGCGGCGAAGACAGAAGAUGACGACACAGCAAAGUCCUCUGUGGAAAUGGAAGAUGUCUCUGCGAUCAACAACACAGGCACCAGCAAUGGAGAAGAGAUGAAAGAUCUUGUCAAGAGCUCCGAAGAACCUGAUUCAAUUCUAACCGACAGCAUUCAGUCCAAAGACACUGUUGAGAAGAAAGAAUGACCAGCUGAGGGACGGACAAUCAACCUCAUCUGACAGCCAGCAAACUGUGCGAAGCCAACCACACUGGUGUCAGACUGGCCCAUGUCAGUAUGGGCUCUGACACUGGCCCAGGACGACCAGUAACUCACAAGAUGCUCACAUACCCAACUUUAUUUAGCCUUUUCCCUCUUUGUUAAGAAACUACUCAUCCCUGAAGUAUGUAUGUACUGUAUGUAAAUGUAUGUAUGUACAAAACCUUACUAUAGGACUUGAACAUAUCAACCAGAAAAGAUGAGCCAUACCUCACUGUGUGUUAGAGUCAUACAUCAUUUAGUCAGCUGGGUGCGAUGAGAUAAACCAGGUUCAAGUCUCUUUAUUUGAUCUAUACCCACUGUGAGAGCGUGGUGAAGCUGUCAGAGGACAACAGCCACAACUCCUACAUGUUGACACUCCAGGCUGUUAAGAUGCUUAACAUCUGCCAUCCUUUCUGUUCUUACAACUCAAAUACCGCCGCCACAGUCAUGAUGACAUUCAACUGUGGACUUACCUGACAACACCCUGCAUUUGUAGGCCUCUUUGGAGUGCAACACACUGACACCUGCCAUGCCUGCUCACACAUCUCUGCAGCUCGAGUGCCAUUGUUUAGUCAAAUCAGCAAAUACCUUGAUUUACACCACAGUCAGUAGGGCGGUGUGUCACUCCCCAGCCUUUUAUCUAUAAACAUCGCUGAUUGUGUCUGAUCUCCGCCACUGCUGUAACUGCAGCUCAACUCGUAAUACCUGGAAACUGAUCAUCAAUGCCCAUGCACACUAAAGAGGAUGUGAGUGUCUUUUAACAAAUCAAUUAGUUCUUUCCCCCCGUUUUUCUUUGCCGUUUCCAGUGCAUGCCAGAAAAUUGCUUUGAAUUUCACCAACAGGAAUUACAGUCCUCUUCGCUUUCGCUUUCAUCUCCUUACCAGAUUGUCUCUAAUUGUAUUGAAGGAAUCUGCCUUAUUUCAUAUCAAACUACAAAAUCACAAUCACAGACCUAAGGAGGUGGUCAAAGUAUGAAUUCUUGGUUGUGCAUUGCUUGCAGAUGAUUUGUAAUUUUGAGUACAUCAUGUAAUGGCUAAUACCUGUUGUUAAUGGUUUCUUGUUUUCUCCUCAGUUCAUUUAAAAAAAAAAGGUUUUGGUUUAUUUUUAAAUGUUGGUAUGAUUCAUUAAUUACUUUCAGUGGUGCCAUACUUAGGAUCAGAUGAAUUACAGUUCUAUGAAAUGAUGCCUUCAUACUUUGAUGUUUGCUUUGCUAAACUAUAACAGAAACAACUAAUAAAGAUUAAGGUGGAA